CGCAACGUGGUUGGGUGAAAGGGCCCGGCUCGGAGAAUUUUGGACUUUCCAAAUGGGCCCUUCUCUCUCCACAAUGGAGCUCUCGAGCAAGACAUCAUCAAAUGUCAGCUUCUGACCCGACGAACGAAGUCGAUCCUCUGCAGUGAUCGUCAUUGAGAAAUCGAUUACAGAGCGCUGCAGACCUGCGAACGGCUGGGAACGCACCGAAGAGCACGGGAAAAGGGACGCGACCAAGGCGAGGGAACUGGGGGGCCCUCGUGGCCAAUUAACACGAGUGGAGAAUGACAGCCUGCAGCCGUUAGAAGCGGGAAACCUGAACUUGAUCUGCGAGCGUUGGGACUUGCAGCACUCGAUGGCCACCCAGCGUUCGUCAAUGCCCCCACGGGCCCAGUCCGUCGGAAAAAAAAGAAUAACAGUAUUUGCAUCCGGUGGAAUGGGCCCACGUACCUUAUGCUGUGUGUUCCGUAGAGCAUGCGAGUCUGAGCGAGAUAAGUGAGAUUGCCAAGUGUUUGAGGGAGGAGGAGGAGGGGAGGGGGGAACUGGGUCUGAUGGCGGAGUCUUCUCGCGGUUCGCGGGCUCCACAAUUGAUGGGGAAGAAGAAGGGAAAAGACGAGAAAAAAAAAUAAAAAAAAGGCAAUUACCUUUAGACCGAGACACGUGAGGCAUGCCGAACUUCAACUCUCUUGCUUUACAAUUGCUACUUUGCUACCAACGGACGCCGUUCGUUGGCUGCCUUGAAGAUCAUCAACCAAUGUACAGGCUGCUUCAAGCCAGUAACGAAGAGGAUCCUCAUUGCCCGAUUCCCAAAACGCCUUCUUUCUGCGCAUCGACUGGCAAGCCUGCCUCGGGCUUGCACUUCCACCAGCGGCUUGGCCCUAGCGCCUUUCAAAUGCAAAUCCCGUUCCCAUUGCUCCAUCAUUUCUAAACUCUGUUGGCGAACACUCUGGACAACUUGGACCUUGCACCUGAACCCUGGACUCUCAAAACUAGAAAUAUGACAGCUCCACCUCGCUUUUCUCUCACCAUCCGGUAGUGUUCCGAGGAACCAUUCCGUUGUUGAAACCUUCUUUGAUAUCCACCGAUCCAGAAAACACAAGACAAGAUGCGGCCCUUGUCACUGGUCAGCCGGACCAGUGGCGAUCGGGUCGCGCCGAGUGAUACCCUGGAGCCUAUUGCUAUCGUUGGCUUGGCCACUCGGUUCGCCAAGGAUGCAGCCACUACUGAGGAUUUCUGGCAGAUGCUACUGGAAGCGCGGUCAACUUGGUCGUCCAUCCCCAAGGAAAGAUUCAAUUCAGAUGCAUUCUAUCACCCAGAUCCAGAACACGGAGGCACGUUCCAUGUCCAGGGAGGGCAUUUCCUCUCUGAGGAUUCAGCGUUCUUCGACGGUCCUUUCUUCAAUAUUUCCAAAAAUGAACUGUUGACAUUAGAUCCACAACAGCGGUUGGUCCUAGAGAGUGUCUAUCAUUCCUUGGAAAAUGCGGGCAUCCCUAUGGAGGACACCCUGGGUUCCAAUACAUCUGUCUUUGUGAGCGGCUUUAACCAUGAAUACCUUGGCAUCCUCAAUUCAGAUCCAGAAACUGCGGUCAAGUACAAGCCAACUGGGGUAACGAAUGCCACCCUGUCGAACCGGGUCAGCUGGUUCUUCGACUUCAAGGGAUCGAGUAUGACAAUCGACACCGCCUGCUCCAGUAGUCUGGUGGCGUUGCAUUUGGCCGUGCAAAGCCUCCGUGCGCGAGAAACAAAUAUGGCCGUUGUCAGCGGAGUUAGCAUCCUGGAGAACCCCGUGGAAACAAUCGGCAUGGGCCACCACGGUCUACUUGGCGCUCAAGGGCGUUCUUUCAGUUUUGAUGCUCGUGCCGAAGGCUACGCCCGUGGGGAGGGUGUUGGCACGGUAAUCCUGAAGCCCUUGCACGCUGCCGUGCGAGAUGGCGAUACUAUCCGCGCAGUCAUCCGAGAGACCGGGGUGAACCAAGACGGCCGUACCCCUGGAAUCACCGUCCCUAGUGCUGCUGCCCAAGAAAGACUGAUUCGAGAAGUCUACUGGAGAGCCGGGCUGGACAUGGAACAGACCAGGUUCGUUGAGGCUCAUGGCACUGGUACCAGCACUGGGGACCCUAUCGAGGCAGAAGCUUUGUCGCGAGCAUUCAAAUGCCGUCGAGAUGGCCCUCUGUACGUGGGAGCAGUCAAAUCUUCCAUUGGACAUUUGGAAGGAGGUUCAGGGAUAGCAAGCAUCAUCAAGUCUGUCCUCGUCCUCGAAUCCGGGAUUAUUCCUGCCAAUCAUGGUCUUCAGGAGGUCAAUCCCAAGAUUCCAGCAGCUGAUUGGAAUAUUCAAUUCCCCACUCGGAAUACACCAUGGCCGGCAAAGGGACUACGCAGGGUGUCUGUGAAUUCAUUCGGCAUUGGAGGGACCAAUGCUCAUUGCAUCCUGGAUGAUGCCUACCACUUUCUCCAAGAACGCAGGAUCUCAGCCGCUCAUCAUACAACACCUACCGUUCCACGUUCUGGGAAGAUACUCUCAAGGCGAGCGUCAAGUCACGGAUCUGAGACCGAUGAGUCUUACAGUCACUCCGAUUCUGCAGAUGACAGCGACCAUUCAGGCAGUGGCUUCGUGUUUGUAGACACUCCUACUAGUGAAGCAUUCUGUAGCUCGCCGGGUUUUGGGCCUCCUGACUUCAAUAGUCUGAUUGAGAUUCCUCAUAUCUUUUUGCUGUCUGCAUUUGACGAAGACGGUGUGAAACGCAAUGCCUCAUCAUAUGCCAAAUAUCUGACCCGCAAAUUGGCACGUCCACAACCAUCCGACCAACUUCUUGAUGAUCUAUCACUCACACUUUCACACCGUCGAUCUCGCUUCCCGUGGAAGGGUUUUGUAACGGCGUCGACAGCCAAACAACUUGCGUGGACACUGGCGGAGUCCGGAUUCGUGAGCGCCACAAGGACUGUCGCUAUACCGAAAGUCAGUUUCGUCUUUACUGGGCAGGGUGCCCAAUACCAAGCAAUGGGUCGGGCUUUAAUCGCCUAUUCGGUGUUCCAGGAGUCCUUGGAAGAGGCCUCGGAGUAUGUCCGCCGACUCGGAAGUCCCUGGAUCUUGAUGGACGAGCUCUUUGCCGACGAAAAGUCCACGCGAAUCAACCUUCCCGAAAUCGCCCAUCCAGUCUGCACCGCAUUGCAGGUGGCAUUGGUCGAUCUCCUCGCAAGCUGGGGAAUAUUCCCAAAAUACGUGACCGGCCAUUCAUCAGGAGAGAUUGCAGCCGCCUACUGUGCGGGCAAGCUAUCGCGGGAGGCCGCUUGGAAGGUCUCGUACUUCCGUGGGUAUGUCUCAUCGAAACAAUCCUCGGCCAAUGGAGCAAUGAUGGCCGUUGGCCUAAGUGGAUCUCGCCUUGAAUCAUAUCUCGAUCUCGUUCGCAAGGAUUUAAAAGGGGAGCUUGUAAUUGCCUGCCACAACAGUCCCAAGAACAACACAGUGUCUGGUGACGAGAAGAUGGUUGAUGCACUGAAAGGAUUAUUGGAUGCUGAUGGGGUAUUUGCCCGGAAACUUAAUGUUCAAAAUGCCUAUCACUCUGCCCAUAUGGAGGCGAUUGCCGCAGAUUAUCUGUAUCUUAUGGGUUCAUUUAACUCUGGCCGCCGAUUGGCUGCACCCCACUCGGUGCAUAUGUUCUCUACUGUGACCGGUGACGAGGUUCGGCAAGAGCAUCUUCCUGGCCAAUACUGGGUGAGCAACAUGGUUUCGCCUGUCAAGUUCACCACAUCCCUAGGCAAAAUGCACGCACAAGCAACUACAGAUGGCUCUGGUGACGGCAUACUUCACAUCAUUGAGGUUGGACCUCAUUCGACACUUCAAAGCGCCAUCAAAGAGACACUCGGAUUGAAGAAAGACCAGCCAAACAUGAAAUACCUAAGUCUACUCAAGCGAAAUGAUCAAACUUUGAACCUUCUACUCAACACUGUUGGAUCUCUGGCCGUCAAUGGCUAUCCUCUGGACUUGCACAAGAUCAAUCUCGCUUCUCGCCCUCAGAAAAGAAGACAAUCUCAACUCCUAGUUGACCUUCCUCCCUACAGCUUCAAGCACACGGAGAAGAUUCUCUAUGAGAGUAGAUUGAGUAGAAACCUGCGGAACAGGAAAUUCCCUCGUCAUGAUCUGUUCGGCGCUCCGGUCCCGGACUGGGACCCCAAUCUGCCUAGAUGGAGGCAUUUCGUUCGGUUAGAUGAGAACCCAUGGCUGAGGGACCACAUGGUAAGACUUUGGCUCGUUUAUUUCAUUUUAUUUGCUAACAUGAUACAGGUCACGGGUAACUACGUCUAUCCCGGUGUCGGUUUUCUUGUCAUGGCAAUUGAGGCGUCUCGGCAACUGGCUGGUGAAGCAACACUAGUCGGCUUUCAACUCCGCCAUGUUUUCAUUCAGAGAGCCUUGAUCAUCCCAGAUACGAAACUAGGCAUCGAAGUUAGCCUGUCGAUGACGUCCGCAGAGCUAUCAUCCGAAACCAAGCCUUGGCGUCGCUUUCACAUCAGCUCAUACAACGAGUCAAGCGACACAUGGACUGAACACUGCUCUGGUGACAUUGCCGUGGAAUUUGCAAAGAUCGCAGAUCCCAUUGACAAAGGCCGUGAGGCAAAUGCAGAAACCCAAAUCCGGUUGGAGGAACUCCAACGUGUGGAAAAUGACUGCACCCGAUCUGUGAAUUUCCCAAUGAUCUACAAGAAUCUUCAAAGGGAUGGCCUCAACUUCGGACCUCUCUUCCAGAAUCUUGGCGAUGUGCGUACCAGUGGUUCGAAGCUUGGAAUGAUGACAGGCAGGGUGUCAACUCCCGACAUUGCCAAGACAAUGCCAAAGCAAUACAUGCAUUCUCACUUGAUCCAUCCCACCACAAUGGAUAGUAUGAUACAUAUGAUGAUCGCGGCAGUCAUCGACUUCAAUGGCAAAAGUUCUCUUGAUACGAUCAGACUUCCAACAUACAUUCGCGACAUGUGGGUUUCAGCCGACGUAAGCUCUUCGCCGCAUCACAAAUUCACAGGACAUGCAUCUGUGGCUCUUUCAGGGGCUGGCAAGUUCCAAGGUCGCAUAAUGGUAUUCGAUGCUGACACCAAAGUGCACCGCCUUGCGAUGAAUGAUAUCGAGCUUACUCCUCUUGAAAAUCGUUCUGAGAGUGCUGCAAAGCGCCAGCUGUGCACUUUGAUUGACUGGAGGCCGGAUGUUGAUUUCCUCACUUCCAAGUCUGGCUGUGACCUAGUCCCAGUUGAACAUGCCAAUAGUAGCCAGGAGCGAUUGUGCGUUCAGCGGCUUCAACUUGCAAGCAUGCUUCAUGUCAUGGAUGCUUUAGACGAGCUCAAAGACCUCGAGGUCGCAACUCUUGAUUUGCAUUUACGCAGAUUCUAUGAUUGGAUGAGGCACGUGCGAGAGAACUUGGUGACCGAUACCAUCAUUCACCUCCCCUGCUCCAAGUUCGUCGAGAUGACUGGCGACGAGUCACUCAAACAAUCACUCUUUGCAGAGGUGGAACGACACAGCGCUGAAGGGGCCAUUACAAUCAGAAUGGGCCGCAAUAUUGCCGGUGUAAUGCGAAACGAGAUCGACCCUCUUCAUCUCAUGUUCGGCCAAGACAAUGUUAUGGAAGAUGUGUACAAGGAGGGUCUUCAAUUGUACAACCUGCCCAAGUACCUCAAAAACCACCUCACACUCCUCCGUCACAAAUAUUCGGGGUUGAAUAUCCUGGAAGUAGGAGGCGGCACUGGCAGUUUCACGGCAGAAAUUCUCGGCGUACUUGCACCUGACUCAGACCCUGCCAAAGGCAGCAUUGCAAGCUAUACGUUCACCGAUAUCUCAUCCGGCUUCUUUGAUAAAGCCAAGAAAAGAUUUCAGACAUGGAACACCAUCAUGAAUUUCAAGACCAUGGACAUUGGAAGAAACCCCGUCGAGCAAGGUCUGCAGCCUGGUACCUACGACUUGAUCUUCGCGGGCAACGUCAUUCAUGCCACGGCGGAUUUGCAUAAUGCACUAGGCAAUCUCAGAUCUCUCCUUCGACCCAGUGGUCAAUUGAUCAUGCAAGAAGGAAUUCGGCAAGAUUUCUUGUGGUACCCCCUUGUUUUUGGUCAGCUUCCUGGGUGGUGGCUUGGCAACGAGCCUAUGCGACAAUGGUGUCCAUACAUUCCAUCCUGCGAAUGGAACAAGCUUCUCGUCGAAUCCGGGUUUUCGGGCGUUGAUAUCGAGUACCCCAGCUCUCCUGACGAAGACUUGACGUGGCAAAGUAUUCUUGUCUCGACUGCCGUUGCCCCGCCCAAUGUGACCUCGCGGGAUAUCUAUAUCCUGUCAUCAAUGACCCCGGCAACAAUGGACGCUGUCGCAACUCUUCAAGAUACUUUGCAGAAAAGGAAAGACUCGCGUCAAGUCACUGUGGUAGGGCCGUCGGAGCUCAGCCUCGUCACCGGGCCUGACUGCCUUUGUAUCUCCCUUAUCGAUCUUGAAACUUCUUUCCUUUCAGAGAUCAAGCAAGACGGGUUUAUUUUGUUACGGUCCAUGCUCAUGGAAUGUCCAAAUAUCCUGUGGUUGACAGCGGAUACUUCCUCUCAGCCAUUAACAAGUAUGAGUACGGGACUACUGCGGACUGUGCGAUGGGAGCGCGACGCGGACGGCUCGAACAUUGUGACAUUGGACCUUGACGAAUCCUCGGUCAUUAGCGGGGAAAGCUUGGCAACAUGGAUUGAAAGGAUUGUCGAUCAACAAUUUCUGGCAACUCGGGCUGCUGAUCGGCAUGCUGAGUACCGCAUUCGAAACGGAAAUCUUGAAGUCGGAAGACUGUGCGAGUGGCAGGCACCAGACGAGUUCCUCGCUAUGCAGGCGUCGAGCGCUACCCCUGAAAUGAAGCGUCUUGGAGAUAUCGAUUGUCCCAUAGAGUUAGACUUCGCGAAGACUGCCACACAUGACGUCUAUUGGUCAACAGACGUAUCCUGCAAAGGCCCUGUCCUGGAGAUGGAAAUUGAGGUUGAGAUUUGUGCAGUGGGUCUCAAUUCGGACAUCAACUGCCUCAAUCCUUCGGAUGAAGCCUCCGGAGUGGUGAAAAGCGUCGGAUCGGCGGUGAACGACUUUGUCCCGGGUGAUCAUGUCGUCUUCCUCACUGGCAGCAAAGACAAGAGCUGCUUCCGGACUGUUGCUCGACUCGAUCACAAAUUGGCUACCAGAAUUCCCCCGGAAGUCUCACUUAGCGAUGCUGCUGGCCUUCCCUCUGUCUUUGUCACUGCCCUCUAUGGACUAGGUGACGUGGCAAGGCUGUCCAACUCUAACACGAUCCUGAUUCACGAUGGAGCAGGAGCUCUCGGCCAGGCUGCCAUCCAGUAUGCUAAAACAAUCGGCGCAACGAUAUUUAGCACUGUAUCCACUGUGGAAGAUCGUGAGUUCCUCAUUGCUGAAUAUGGAAUACCCGAAGACCAUAUAUUCUCCCAGCAGGCCGACGGCUUUACUCUCGGCAUCAUGAGAUGCACCAAUGGAUAUGGGGCUGAUGUUAUUUUCAAUGCCAUGGCCGGUGAGGGUCUGCAGGAAUCCUUGGCUUGUGUUGCUCCUUUUGGAAACUUCCUUCAUGUCGACAGAAAUGACGGGAAAUUCAACAGAGUCAUGCUCGAUCUUUCCUCGGCGCGGCCUAAUGUGACCAUUACCAACGUUGAUGUCCCUUCCUUGGUCCAGUAUAGACCGAAUGUGAUUAGGCACCUUCUGACCAAGGCCCUGGAGCUGUACAAGGUCGGCAAAAUUGGUCAGAUUCAGCCUUUAACAGUCAUGGAUUUCACCAAAAUUGGCAGCCGCAAUCAGCCCCCCGACAGCAGCAAGGGAAGAAUCGGGAAGGUCGUAUUCAAAUACAACCCUUCCGAUGUAGUUCGUGUCAUGCCUAUUGCUCUAUCUCCAUAUCGGUUUGACGGUGACGCCUCUUACGUUCUUGCCGGCGGACUAGGUGGCUUGGGCAGAAGCCUGGCUCGAUGGAUGGUCGCCCGCGGUGCAAAGUCUCUUGUCUUCCUUUCUCGUUCAGGUCUUGUAUCUCCAUCGGUGGCAGAAAUGCUAGAAGAUGUGAAAGAAGCGGGAUGUAAGGCCCGCAUUUUCAUAUGCGAUGUCGCCAAUGCCGAUCACGUCAAGUCUGUCAUCGAGGAGUGUGCAGCCUCUCUUCCUCCCAUCAAAGGCUGUAUUCAAUGCUCCAUGACUUUGCGGGAUGGCGCUUUUGCAAGUAUGUCUAUGAGUGAUUGGCAGACUGCCGUCACGCCCAAGGUUCAAGGGUCCUGGAACCUACAUGAGCUCCUCCCGACCGACAUGGACUUUUUGGUCAUGCUUUCCUCGGUGGCAGGCAUCUUUGGUAACCGUGGUCAAGCCAAUUAUGCAGCAGGAAAUACUUUCCAAGACUCCCUCGCUGCGUACCGUACUGCGCGGGGAAUGAACACAUACAGCCUCGACCUGGGCAGCGUGUCGAGCGUCGGAUGGGUGGCUGAGAACAGAGAGUCAAUGCGUUCUCAAACAGCCACAUUGUUCGAAUUACUCCGGGAAGAUGAAGUCCACGGUGCUAUUGAAUUCCUCAUUGACCCAAGAUAUCAGAAGCUCAAUCACUCGCAAUCUACACCUCAGUCACAGUUGAUACUGGGUCUCCCGACGGCGGAAUUAUGUCAACAGAAUGGAAUUUCGCCGCCAACAUACCUCAACUAUUCUCUCUUUACCCACCAACGCAACACCGUCAAUACAAAAGCUGCAGAGUCAACCGACCAAAGGACAAUCAGCACUGCCAUUCUAUUGAGCUCGGUGUCUUCAACCGAAGAUGCAGUCUCGGUGGUUUCUGACGGUAUUGUCGAGAGACUCUCCUCCCUUCUUGCUAUACCCGUGUCGGAACUCGAUGUUCAGAGGUUCGGAUUCGGGGCCAUCGAUUCACUCGUCUCGAUGGAGUUCCGCUCGUGGAUUGUUAAGGAACUGAAAGCCGAUGUCUCUCUUUUGGAUAUUAUGGGUGCCCAGAAUAUCCGCUCUCUCAGUGAGAAGAUUGCUCGAACGACUCGUCUGCUGGGAGAUUCCCCAAUUUAGCGUUUACGAAUUAUGAUUUGCAUUGGGUAUGCCGGUGCUUUCAUGUUGUGUUUUCGUUUUCUACGAUAAUGCCCCCAUUUUAACUUUAACGCCCCUAAUGAGAUACGACAACAUUAUUGAAUACAUGGUUGUUUAUUAUUUUUUUCCUUCUGCCUCAUAAGCGAAUGGAGGAGAUCGGAACUUGUUGAUUUUGGCUCUCAUUUUCUCUAACGUUGCGUUCGGUUUACGAAUUUUUUCCGAGA